AUGGAAGUUGUACAAAGGAACGAGGCCUUUAAAAAGAUUGAUGGCAAAAUGAAAUUUGCCUAUGUCCAGAUUUUUGUUUUGCAAGACGGCAUAUUAUACUCUGGAAAAUGGACAAGCCGAUUAGAUUCGCCAAGGACACUGAAUGAUCGCCAGGAAGUCAAGCGAAUUCCAACAGAAGACAGGGGCCCAGAGGUGAAUGCCGCUUGGUCAGCGGUCUAUGUGAAAACACCCAGUCUCCUCGCAUAUAUAGAUGGAAAUCUCGAAAAGCAAAUCGCUCGCGAAGUUGAAACAUGCGAAACUCUUCGCAAUAAUUCCCAUCCAAAUAUUGCCACCUAUUAUGGCUAUAUGGAGACGAACUGUCGAGUGUCUGGGCUAUGCUUCACGCGAUAUAUGUCCACUCUACUUGAAGCAGUCAAUCCUCAACGCCUUGGCAAAGUUGCUUUCCUUUCAAGUCCGCGCGAACUAGUGAAUGAGAAUAUGAAAAGUAGCCUGGACGGGAUUUUAGCGGCUAUCAGACAUCUCCACUCGCUUGGACUCCAUAACGACAUCAACCCGGCAAAUAUUAUGCUUGACGAAGACGGUACGUUUAUUCUCAUCGAUUUCGAUAGCUCUCGAUAUAUCGGGGAGUCCUUGCGCAACACCGAAACGAAAAGAACCUGCCACUGGCACGACCCUUCUGUUGAUAUUUCGCUGGAGAAAAACGACCUUGAUGCUUUCAAAGAUCUACAAAUCUGGCUCAAUGGAUCGAGAGAUGGAGACUUUCUACUUGAAUGA